CUGUGUGUGUGAGCACAGGUACGGGGAGGGGCACAGUCAGCGGUGUGUGUGCGUGUGCACAGCUACGGGGAACAGGCACAGGCCGACGGGGAUCGGGCUCGCCUCAGGAGAUUCUCCCUGUGACCGUUGGAAGCCGUUUGAGCUCGCGCCAGGCGCCGCUCCGCGCACGGGACAAAAGCACCCUGCGACCUGGGGCGGCGCCAUGCGGCUCUGGCUGCUGGCCCUGCUGGGGCUGGGCGUGCUGACCGGCAUGUGCCGCCCACAGCGCAAGAAGGUCCGGCCGGCCCUGCCGACCAUCACCAACAAGACUUUCAUAGAGGCUUGCGUGCGGGAGCACAACAAGUAUCGCUCCGCUGUCCAGCCCACGGCCACCAACAUGCGCUACAUGACUUGGGAUGCAGCUUUAGCACGGACUGCCAGAGCAUGGGCAAAAAAAUGCCUUUUUAAACAUAGUCCAUAUUUAACAGAAAAAUUUAUGUCACAUCCUCAUUAUGUGCACGUUGGAGAAAAUAUAUGGACGGGAAGUCGCAGCAUGUUUACUGUUGUUACAGCCAUCAAACUCUGGAAAGAUGAAGUCCAGCACUACACUCUUGAGACUCGGAAAUGUACUAAAACAUGUGGUCAUUAUACUCAGAUUGUUUGGGAUACUUCUCACAAGGUGGGCUGUGCUGUUGUUUUUUGUCGUAUGGCUGCAGGAAUCGAAAAUGCAGCACAUUUCAUAUGCAACUAUGUGCCAAGUGGCAAUUACCCAAGAAAACCUUAUAAAGCAGGAGCAUCAUGCAGUGAGUGCUCAAAAGAGGACACCUGUGUGGACAAUUUGUGUAGAAAUCCAGAACGUGAUAAAAUAAUUCGUUACACAAGAUGGUAUCCACCCUGGGAGAACAGGAUUGUAUGUGAUGAGUCCUGUAUUGCAGUUGUGGUUUUAAGACCACUGCUGAUGUUACUGGCUUUUAUUACUGUUUUUCUUAUGCAGAAGCAUUAUUCAAGUAUGAGUAUAUCUAAAUAAUCUAUUUGAAAUAUAUAUUUCAGGAAAAGUUAUGACAAGUCCCAUAAUGAUUAACAUAUCACCACUACCUCUUGAUUGAGCGAAUUAUUUUGAUUGAUGUUUUUACAAUGAAUUUGAUUAUUUAAUAUAUUAUAAAGUGUUAUCAUAUGUUUAAUGGGUUAUAAAAAUAAAUUAUUUUUGCUCUAAGCCCUUACAUAUUGUAUUUAUAAAUGAAGAUAAUUAUAUUGCAUUAAAGAUAUGAAAAAUAAUAAAAAGGCAAACAUUUAAGUUAAAGG